UGUUUUUGGCCUGUUCCAGUCGAUCUAAUGAAUGAGAAUUGCUGUCACUGCUAGCCAAUCUCCGCUCGGAUCAUUAAGAAAGGGAAAAAAAAAUGUUCUUUUUAAUUUUUGGCCUAUUUUUAAGCUUGUCGUCGCUUUGCAUUUUAUUAUACUAGUUGUUUUUUAGGAGACCGUCUGUUUGGUCUGUGGAGAGGGAACCAGAGGUUAGGGUUUCAAUCUGCGGCGGGACGGGGUUGCGCGGCUUUGAGAUCCCAUUAAUCGCCAUGUCCUACGCCUUCCUCUUCAAGUACAUCGUCAUCGGCGACACAGGAGUGGGGAAAUCAUGUCUUCUUCUGCAAUUCACAGACAAGCGUUUCCAACCUGUGCACGACUUAACAAUCGGGGUUGAAUUCGGAGCGAGGAUGAUAAACAUAGACAAGAAGCCCAUAAAGCUGCAAAUUUGGGACACGGCCGGGCAAGAAUCAUUCAGAUCGAUCACCAGAUCCUAUUACAGAGGUGCUGCCGGUGCAUUGCUUGUGUACGACAUCACUAGGAGGGAGACGUUCAACCAUCUCGCGAGUUGGCUGGAAGAUGCGAGGCAGCAUGCCAAUGCCAAGAUGACGAUCAUGCUCAUAGGCAACAAGUCAGACCUGGCUCACAGAAGAGCUGUCAGCGCCGAGGAAGGCGAACAAUUCGCCAAGGACCAUGGAUUGAUAUUCAUGGAAGCUUCGGCCAAAACUGCACAGAACGUCGAGGAGGCAUUCAUCGACACUGCAACAAACAUCUACAAGAAGAUUCAGGAGGGAGUAUUUGAUGUAUCAAAUGAAUCUUAUGGAAUCAAAAUUGGUUAUGGAGGAAAUACAGGGCCAUCAGAUGGAAGAGAUGGACCCUCUUCUCAAGGUGCUCCUUGUUGCAGCUAAAGGUCCUGCGGCGGGAUCAAGAUUCUGAUGAGCUUCUAAUUUAUCUCUUAUCUUUCGUAUGACUAAUUGUACAUCGAUCUUUCUUUCUUUCUGGAGACUAGUUGAAUUGUUCAUGAUUCAAUUGAUGCCUAAAUAAUUUUUUCAAUUGGCUUAAUGGUUGUAGAAGGUGACCUUAUUCAAAUGGUUGUAGAAGGUGACCUUA